UUUUAUUUAUUUCAUUUACCUCUCGAAACUGGAAGAUUACCUUUUUCUUAAUGACAUUAUUCCUUUCAUUAAUAACAGAAACGGAGUAAUUGUCUUAUUCGCAAAAUAUAACGACGCUUCAUACAUAAGUAAAGUACUAUUGAUAGAAUAGACAUCCGAAAUUUGAAUAUCAGAGAUAUCUAUUGAAAAAUCUCGAAUAUUAAAUAAAAUAUGAUUGAAAAGACAGGCAACUAAGUUUGAAAAUGAAGUUUUCUGUUGAUUAAUUUGGCGCCGUUUUUGUCACACUUCCGUUUCCUCGUUUAUAACAAAUAUUGAUUCAAUCAAACAACUUGGAAGGCGUACUGUCGUUCAGAUAAUUACGGAAAAUGGACUCUUACCAUUUUGGAUUCAAAGAUGACCUUGAAGACGAAGAUGUUGCUGAAGAAAAAAUUAUUUACAAUUCUAAAGAUGGAAUGAUCUUUCUAAUUGAUUGCAACAAAAGCAUGUUCUCAGAUGAUGAUGAGAAUUUCUUCACGACAUGCAUACAGUGUGUCCAAUCCACGUUAAAAAACAAAAUUAUUCAAAAUAAUCGUGAUCUUGUUGGUGUCGUUUUUUUUGGAACUGAUAAGACCAAAAAUACUGACAAUUUUGAACACAUAUAUAUUUACCAGGACUUGGCUCGUCCUAAUGCUGAAAGAAUUAUAGAAAUUGAAAAUAUGCUUACUGAUAACUGGAAGACGUUCCACGAGGACUAUGGACACAAUUCUAAUUAUCAAAUGAGUGAUGUAUUUUGGCUGUGCUCGCUUUUAUUCUCAAAAUGCACUGAAAAACUUGGAUAUCAGAGAAUCUUGCUUUUCACAAAUAAGGAUGAACCUCACAUGGAUAAAACAGAAAUUGUUCAUUGUAAAACUCGUGCCAAUGAUCUCAAUAAAACAGGAAUAUCUCUGGAGCUGUUGCCCUUACAACUUCCAAAUCAGACCUUUGAUGUCAAUAAGUUCUACAAGAAUAUUUUGUUUAUCAUUCAUGGAGAGGAAAUUGAACAGUUGCCUGACACAACAGAAAAACUGGAGGGGUUGUUAGAGAGGGUGAGAUGUAAAGAGCGUCAAAAGAGGGUUCUACGUAGGUUACCCCUACGAAUUGGUGAUGGUGUUGAAGCAACGGUUGCAAAGCAAGCUAUCCCAAGAUCUAAGAAUUAUUCACUUAGUACUUUUAAAAAUAUUCUUCAGGAUACUGGUGAAACUCUUAUGCCUCAAGACAUCAAAUAUGCCAAGAAAUAUGGCAACAGGACUGCUACAUUUGAGAAAGAGGAAGUCACGAAAAUGCGCAUGUUUGGUGAACCAGGAUUCAAACUCCUGGGUUUUCAGCAACAGAAGGAUGUGAAAACACAUUACCAUAUUAAACCAACACACUUCAUAUAUCCUGAAGAGAAGUCUUUAAGUGGCAACACUUGCCUUUUCUCAGCUUUACUUGACCGAUGUUUGCAGCGAGGUGUUGCACCAAUUUGUGAAUAUAUAUCAUCUAAAACAUCUGCUCCAGAAUAUGUUGCCUUACUGCCACAGCAUUAUUGGGUUGUUGUUUUUGCUUUCUUCUCAGCUGAAGACAAACAGAUUGAUUUGGCCAAGGACAUCAUCAAAUCACUUAAAAUCAAAUACAACUUCACCCACUUUGACAAUCCUCCUCUGAAGUACCAUUGGAUGCAUAUUGAAAGCAGGGUUCUUGACAAGGAAUCGUCUGAUGAAUUUGUUGAUAAUACAUUACCAGACACUAAGGCUAUGGAUAAGAAAGCUGGAGAGGCAAUAAAAAAUUUCAAAGAAGCUGUGUUUCAUGAAGAUUACAACCCAGACAACAAAAAAAAGAGAACUGGAGGAAGCGAUGCUACCAAAAAGACAGCCUCUAGUAAACGUCCACUUACUGACAAAGACUUGAAAGUAUUUUGGAUGGGUCAUCAGUUGGAACAACUUAAAGUGGCUGACCUUGAAAGACUGAUGAAAGAGAAUGGUAUUAAAUGUUCUACAAAGAGAAAGAAAGAUUUAAUUGAUGCUAUUAACAACCAUUAUGGUGGUAGCAACUCAUAGGUACCCAUCUUUUGCUGACCGAUACCCGAAUCCACAAAAGAAUUGAAGAAAAUAUGGAUUCACUCUUUGCAAUGUCAUUUCAAUGUCAUCUAUCACAAAGUAAAGAUUUUUGUAAUGAGUUGCUACGAAAUGGCAGCUAAUAUUUAGCCUUUACUGCUGAUUAAUAUAGGAUUUAAGAGGAUUAGUGUCAUGACAUUAUGAUCUUUGUUUUUGUUAGUCUCACACACACAUCUCAUUCUCUCUCUCUCUCUCUCUCUCUCUCUCUUUCUCUCUCUCUCUCUCUCUCUCUCUCUCUCUACACCAUAUUUGAUGGCCUACAAGGCACAUUUUUUCCUGUAUAUGUGUUGCUGGAAUCAGGGCAUGUCUAGUCUAAUAUACCCAUAUGUCUUUUAUGCCAUCAAAUACACCAUAUACAC